AUGGUAAUAUUUACACAGGCUUUAAAGUCUUGUAACGACGUGUUUUGGUCUGUUAGAGGAGGAAUUGCUUUAAACUAUGGCAUUGUUUUAGCUUGGCAAAUAAAGUUAGUUCCUGUGCCAGGAACAGUGACAGUUUCUAAUGUCAAAAGGAAAAUAGAACAAAAUGCAACAAACUUGGUUCAUAAAUAUCAAACCUUUGCCCCCAGCACCAACAGGAAUCUAUUUCUCAGAGCCCAGAUCUCACCUGAAAAUUUGAAUACAGAUGGUAGAAAGAAAACUGUAGCAGUGUAUUUUCAGGCCCUGUACCUUGGAAAAGCUAGUGGAGUAGAAAAAAUAAUGCAAAAUAGCUUCCCAGAGUUAGGUUUGGUGAACCAAGAUUGCCUGGAAAUUAGUUGGGCAAAAUCUGCACUAUGGUUUGCAGGGGAUGUUGGAUUUCCCAAGGGUGAUUCACUCCAACAAUUGCUGAAUCGAGGUUUGGCACCUGAGCAAUACAUUAAGGCAAAAUCGGAUUACAUUGAAGAACCUACUUCCAUAAAAGGGCUGGAACAAAUAUGGCUAAGACUGAUGGAAAUGGAACAAGGUGCAACAAACUUAGUAAUGAUACCAUAUGCUGGGAAGAUGAGUACUAUUUUGGAAGGUGUCAUUCCAUUUCCACAUAGAGCUGGACACUUGUAUAUGCUAUUGCAAGAGGUUUAUUGGAAUGGGAAUACACGGGUUGACUUUCAAAACAAAAGAUUGUCAUGGCUUAGAAGUUUAUCAAAUGAUUUGAGUCCUUAUGUUUCAAGCAAUCCAAGGCGCUCUUACAUAAAUUACAACGAUCUUGACUUAGGGGUAGGCAAUAGUAGUUAUGAAGAAGCGAGCACUUGA